CUGUCGGAACUCGGAAGUGCAGAAGAACUAAAACGGAUGUCGUCGCUCAGAGAAGAGUAAUGGCGUCCGUAUCGGACACAUAAUUCUCUUGAUACUCGCUCGUUGUGUUUAAAUUUACAUGUUAGAAGUAGAAAACGCGAAAGUUCUCGAUAUCCUUUGCCGAGUGAUGCCCGCUAUAACUCGUUGACUAUUUCGAUCAAUUCGUAAAACGUCCUUUAUGUAACUGGUGGAAAUAAGUGAUUGUGUACAUGUUAAGAGUUUUACAGUGCGGGAGCAUCAAACAGAAUUUGUUCGCAAUCAAUGAACAGAAAUGCCCGUAACGGAUUCAGCGUAGCAUCGUUAGUUGAAAUUAAGCAAAUAUGUUUAUCCCUUAUUGUCCAUUUAAAUUAUACUUUCGUUUGUAUAUUUAAAGUAAUUAUCUUUUAUAAAUUAUUUCAUUAUGUCUGCAAAUACUCAAUUUGCAAAUCCUCCGCCAGCUAUAAGUUUACCUAAUAUGUCAGUCCCGCCUCCCGCUGCUCCAAACUUGUCAGCCCCACCUCCUAAUCUGACCACCAUAAACACCUCUGGGAGUUAUCAGCAUCGGUACACCAACCACAGAGAAGGAACGAGAGGUUUCUUUAAACCGUUCAGACCUUAUCAUGCACCAAAAAUUGUUGCUGCUGGCCAAGACACGUUACAGGAUGAGUUCGACGGGAAAAGGCUUAGGAAGUCCGUUAUGCGAAAAACGGUGGACUAUAAUUCUGCCAUCAUAAAGAGUCUAGAAAAUAGAGUAUGGCAGAGGGAUUACAGGGACAGGCGUGCCCUGCAACCCGAUGUGAUGUACUAUCCUGACCUACUCCCACCACCCAGCUACGUCGACAAUCCGAUAAAUGCAGUCACCACAAGAUUCGUGAAGACUGCGACAAAUAAAAUGCGUUGUCCCAUCUUCUGUAUGGCUUGGACACCUGAGGGAAGACGUCUCGUUACAGGCGCGUCUAGCGGGGAGUUCACCCUGUGGAACGGUCUUACUUUUAAUUUUGAAACCAUCCUACAGGCGCACGAUAGUCCAGUGAGAACGAUGGUAUGGUCGCACAACGAGAGCUGGAUGGUCACGGGAGAUCAUGCAGGCUACGUGAAGUAUUGGCAGAGCAACAUGAACAACGUCAAGAUGUUUCAGGCGCACAAAGAAGCGAUUAGAGGACUCAGUUUCAGCCCGACGGAUCACAAGCUGGCUACGUGCAGUGACGACGGAACCGUGAGAAUUUGGGACUUCCUUCGCUGUCACGAAGAGCGAAUUCUCAGGGGUCACGGAGCUGACGUAAAGUGCGUGCACUGGCACCCGCAAAAGAGUCUAGUCAUCUCCGGAAGCAAAGAUAAUCAGCAACCGGUGAAACUGUGGGAUCCGAAGACCGGGCAGAGUCUCGCGACUUUGCACGCGCAUAAAUCAACGGUGAUGGACGUUAAAUGGAACGAGAACGGUAACUGGUUGGUGACUGCGUCCCGGGACCAUUUGCUCAAAUUGUUCGACCUGCGAAACUUGACGCAAGAGGUUCAAACAUUUCGCGGCCACAAAAAAGAAGCUUCUAGCGUCGCGUGGCAUCCGAGUCACGAGGGGCUAUUUUGUAGCGGUGGCAGCGACGGCGCUAUUUUGUUUUGGCACGUGGGUGCUGACAAGGAAGUGGGCGCGAUAGAACAGGCUCACGAUAGCAUAGUCUGGACGUUGGCUUGGCAUCCGUUAGGACACAUCCUGUGCUCCGGUAGCAACGAUCACACUUCAAAGUUCUGGACGCGAAACAGGCCCGGCGACUUGAUGAGGGACAAGUAUAAUUUGAAUACGUUACCGGCUGGAUCGGCUGGUGUCGAUGAUCACGAAAUAGCUGACGAAGCAGCCGUAAUACCUGGGAUGGGACCCGAGGACAGAAUCAAUGCCGAUGGUGAACCGGAAGACAAGAGUGGUGGGAUUCCUGGCCUGGACCUGGAUCAUGCAGUAGAUGAAGGCAAAAAGUUUGCAAACAAGAAAGUCCCGUAUAGUAAACCAAUCCCAAGGAAUUUCCAAGCACAGUGGAACGAAAUGGAAGCAGAAGAUAUGGAACAAGUAGAGGCUUUAAAUGCAUUUGUGAAUCAGUUAAUCGAGACUACACCAGGUGCGGUGCCGCUGAACGAAGUAACGCCUAACGGUAUUAUAUUAUACGGAAAAAUGAUUCCUGUUGAAUCUGGUUCUAAGUUAGCGGAGGCGAUCAGUAAAGGAAACGAUGCCAUAAAUAAAUUAGUGUUCUCUGGAGAAAUAGAGGAGCUACGCGACGUCGUGGGUCCACCGGAUAACGUAGAUGAUUCCGAAGAAUAUCUACAGGACGACGGCGAAAUCGACUAUUCCAAAGUUCCCGACAUUGAACUUCCGCCACCUUUACCCAGUUCCAAAUUCGCACAGAAUCCUGAGCUACUGAAGGCUCUGAAUCGCGGUGGGAAACGAAAAUUCGAUCAGCUGAUCGGUUGGAGCGACGGCGGUGCUAGCGACCGAACGUCGAAGAUCCACCAACCAGUUUUCGGUGGAGCGAUCACAGAGGACUCACAGAACAGUGAUACCGAUCUGAGAUACACGGGAACGAAGUCAAAUCAGCACUCCAACGACAACUCUUAUCACAGUGGACAAGACGAGGAUCUUAGAAAAAUUUCGCAUGGCGAAGGCGGCCGAAACUCGAGUCGCGACGAGGACUUGCGAUUCAACAUAUCCAGCGGACCCGGGAGGCCCAGCUCGCGUUCGGAUUACGACAUGAGGAGUAAUUACUCGGAGAAGGAUUUCAGAAGCUCACACGGCUUCCCCUUGAAGAAGCCUAUGGACAACGAUCUUUACGACGACAGGGAUCGGGACGGUCGAUGGGACGACGAGAAAUCGAUGAACGACGGCCCUCGGAAAGGAGACGGUGGAAUGUUUUCCAGCAGUUUCGACAAACGCGACAACAUGCCGAUGGGCAUGGGCUCGAGCAUGAGUAACAAUAUGCCACAUUUAGGCAACAGUUUGUCUCACAUGUCGAGUCAUCACAAUAUGCAGAACAUUAAUCCGAACAUGCCUCCCCCGAUACCAAGCUUAGUGCCACAUCCAAACAUGUCUCAGCAUCCUAUGCAGAACAAACCGUUGCAUCCUGGUAUGCAAGGAAUGGACGGUCCCAUGCACAUGAUGCAUCACCCCAACAUGCAUCCCGGCUUCGGUCCAAACGGACCGCCGCCCGGCAACUUCGGCCCGAACUUUCGGCCGCCGAAUGGUAACUUCGGCCCGAAUCAACAUUUCAGGCCGAGCCCGUUGCCCCCGUUCGGUCCCAAUCAGGGCCCGUUCGGCAACAGCUUUCAAGGUUUGCCAAAUUUCCGCGGGCCGAACUCCGGCCCGCCGAAUUUCGAUCGACCAGGCUUCGGUCCCGGUUUCCGUUGCCAGAACCCUGGUCAGAAUCCGCCAAAUAAUUUUAACUCGAACUUCGGUAAUUUCGGGAAUAAGCUCGGACCCAAUCGCGGUCCUAUGAACCGCGGUCCCAGUGACAAUAACAUGGGAAGGAGCGGAUAUAACAAUCGCGGUAGAGGACGGGACGGCGAUCAACCACCGAGAGGAAUCCGAGGAAGAGAUAAUUACUGAAAGGUGAUUACGCUAAGUGAAUAUGUCCAUAUUUUAUAUAUGCACAUUGGUAGAUCGUCGUUCGCUUUCUGCGCGAACGUUGUACGGUUGUUACGAAUGGUAUUCUGUAAGAGCAUAGCGGUAUGAUACAUAAUAAUUCAUAUCAGACGCGACAUUACGAGCCAAGUGUAUCGUCUCGAUUAAAGACAGAAUGAGAAAGGAAGUUUAAAACGGAAAUUAGUACAGCAAGCUUGGACGAAAGUAUAUUUUCUCUUUGUUGUUGGGUAGGAACUUUAUUCGGGGAGAAUAACAGUGUCCUUUUUCAAGGAAAGCGACUGAUUAUCCGUAUUAUCUAGAUAUGCCUAGAUUUCUAAAUGUCGAAAGCAACCGUGAACUCUCCGUGUCCUGUAACGUUAAGCACAGAAUGUACGAGUGCGACGAGUCGUAUGAAAAACUCGUAGAAAUUGAUGAAUGACAAACCGGUAUUAUUCCGAUUGAAAAAUGGAAUGAAUUAAAAAAACAACUGUUCACAAGCUGCCUUGCGAAAGAAUUUUUCUUGUUCCGAGAAUUUUCGUGAAUCGCGUACGGGAAUAGGAUACAAGACUAUGUGGAACAUGUUGAACGUUUUCGUAAUUGUUGCUGGUCGUCGAUGAAGAAAUAACUGUGAACCAGUACAGUUUACCUAUCGAUUAUUAAUAAAAAUGGAAUAAGACGCAAAAUUAUUCCCAGUUCUGUCCACAUUUCAUUUGUUAUAGAUAUACAAGGACGUACUGUAAGUUUUGUCUUAAUUAUGUAUAGGUGUAAUGCAUAUACAACACAAACGAAUCUAAUGUAUAUAAUUGUUUUUCUGUUUAAAUAUUUGAAAGCUGUCAGGGCUCCAAUGUCCGACUAGGUAUAUCCAAAUUGUACAUUUACUUUUUAAUAAUAUAAUAAUAUUAAACGCGGAUGGAAACGAUUGAUGAAUUAAUAAAACAUAAUACAGCUGGUUUGUGGCAGCUAUAUUUGCUCGUAAUACUAUAUGCAGCGAUUCUGCCAAACUCCCCACCGUGAUCAAGAGAAGGAUAGAAGAACACGCACGAGGUAUUACAACUGAUAUUAAAAGGAGAUCGAUAGCUGGUGUAGGGAUCUGUCCCCCUCUCUCUCUCUCUCUCUCUAUUCGGUGAAUUGGUAAGAAUUAGUUUUUAAAUACAUCGACCUUCAGUCACUUGCUCCUAUCUCUCCUGUGGUAUGCGAGAAAGAGCACGUUUUUGGAUUCGUACAGUUAUAUCGCUGCAUUACACGUGCCGACUUAUCGUUGCUUUUGAUUCGUCUAUAAAAAGGCACGAGCCUAAUGUAUAGUAAAUCAUAUAUAAGUAAGUUUAUAUACUAGCAGCUGCCACGAGCCAUAACCACCUGUUCCCUCACCCCGAGUUCCCCUUGUCACCGUCCGUAAAAGACGCGUGUGCGUGGGGAGGUCUGGGGAGCACCCAUCAGAAUUGCUGGGUACUGGGACUUUGUACUGCUGUUUCCUUCACGGAUGGUUUUAAAAGAGCGUCGUGGAGCUCGGUAGUUGACAGUAGUGCUACGGCGUCGGUGACAAUAGUGUUAAAAGAAUAAACAUGUAAAUUUCGACAUGAGGAAACCAUAACGGUUCCAUCGGUCUACGACGUUUUGUGAAGUAUUGACGAAACAUGAGGCAGAAAAUAAGCGACCGCGUUAAUUAAUACACCUUAUUUUAUUCGAUAACCGAAACGGUUGACAUUGUUGGCAAGCCGAGACCCUGCAUACUUACGUGUACUCGCUGAUCUCUCGGGAAACAUGGAUAUAUUUAGCCCUCAUCAAUUCGUCGUGACAACACUAAAAAAUUUAUUACAAUUUCAUCGUAUUAAAGAGUAAGAUGCAUAACAACUAAUAUUAAUUAAUAAGAUUUAAUCUGUGCGUAUUCGAAAUUUUUGUCAACUCGCUUAAAACCAUAUUUGCAACUAACUAAUGGCUGUGUCUCGAUUAAUGUGUAACACCGUUGUUUAAACAACUAAUUGACAAUGUUUCCUCGUUGCAUGUAAUUCCGUUUGAGUUGUCGGUCGAUGAAUCUCUACCCUUUUUUUAUUUCCUAAAGUAUUUUAUUAAGUAACAUUCUAUAUUUUCAGCGUAGCAUGUCAUCCUGUAUAUUGUAUUACUCUUGUAUGCCUGUAUGAAACCUUAGAUGUUUAUUUCAUCCUUAUAUAAUGUUAAACUGAUUUUAACACUUUUACAUAAGGAAGUAUUAGACCUGUGUAACUGUUGUACGAUAGGAAAGCAGGAGAUGCUUAUUUGUAAAAAUAUCAUUUUAAUUUAAUGAAAAUAAAUUGAAGGAACAAGUCAG